GCUUGUCUCAAGAAAUGUUUCCUCUCUGUGGGGAGCAGUGGGUGAAGUGAGGUGAUAAAAGUAAGUGGAAGACAACUCUUCCCAAAGCCCAGAACCUGGAGCAGAGUUUAACACCUUGUUAGAUUCAUAGCUCAAUGGGAGACUUUAUUGGCCAUAUAUCUCCAGGUUUGUUUCUGGUCUUCUAUGGUCUGUAUCAAGCAAUAAUAGUCUCCAGAGCUGUGAUACUCAAUGACUCUCUUCUGUAUCCUUCCUACCUUUCCAAGAAUAAGGGAAAAUGGGGCAGGCUGUGGCAAAUAGUCCAUGCAGGCUGGUUGAAGAUUGUGAGUGGCUCCCUCUUGAUAGUUUAUGAGAUCAAUUGUUUGGAAGAAGGGCUGAUAUUUAUGACCAAAGGGAUGCCACCAAGGUUCAUGUACCCCAAGGAGUGGCAGCACCUCACCAUGUUCAUCCUCCUCACCCUUGAUGGCUGUAUAGAAGUGGUGAGCAAGACUGUGCUACGGCAGAGGUGCGUGGUCCUGGAAAGAGGUGCCACCGUGCUGGGUGUCUAUGUGCUCCUGCUGCUACUGGUAUCACACGUUAAAGAUUCAUCUGGGGUGGAGCUGCAGGUUCACUCUCUCCUCAUCUUGGUGGUGUUCCUGCUGAUGCUGGUGUUGAUGGCACAGCUGUGGGCUCCUGAGAUGUUUCACCUCUGGAUGAUAGAGACCUUCCUGUUUCUGAUAAUGGGCUCAUGGCUGGUUCAGGCAGCCUUCAUUCUAUUUAGACCGGUCUCUGGCUUCCCGUGGGAGGAUGAUGACAUCAGUGACAUCAUGUUUGUCACCACCUUCUUCUGCUGGCAUGUGAUGAGCAAUGCCUUAUGCUUGUUGGGAAUCUAUGGCAUCUCUUCCUUUUGGCACCGAUGUUACAGUCCCAGCUUGGGGCUGAUGGGGUCUAAGGAAGCGCCGUGUCACAAGAGCUCUUCAGGAACCUUCUACAAGCUGCUGCAGGAGGCAGAGCAUCAGGACAAAGAUGACCAGGCUCCUCUCCUUUCAAAUAAGGCCUAGAAUACCUGGGCAUAUACACCACUUCAUCUUCCUCCUGUGAGCUCUUCUGGGCAUUUGGAUUGUACCCUUUGUUUCUUGGUGAAGGUAAUGACCCUGGAGGAUGGCAGUUGGUUUCCUGUCUGCUAUUGCACUCCCUGUCUCUGAGCCUGCAGUUAAUACUGAGGAGAAGAGGCCCAUGAAUGAUGGACUUGAGAAGAGGGUAGGAAGAAAACUGGGGGACAGGUCCACGUGCAAGAAAGCCAGGGAGGAGAGAGUGGGAGAAAAUGAAACAGAAUAGCAUUAAAGAGAGGAGUUUCUGCUCGAGCCCAGAAUUUUGCACUCAGAGCUGUUUCUCCGAGGUACCACUGAAUUCUUCACCUGAGGGAAUAAAGAUUCCUCC